AUGAUAAAAUACGAGUGCUUAUUUGUUAGAGCAAAAAAAAAGUUAAAAGGGGCAAGAGGUAGCAGAAGUGAAGCUUCCAUUGCAAAAAAGGCUAAAGAGAAGGCAAAAGAGAAAGAGAAGAAGGCUAAGAUGAACAAAGAGCAGAAAGAAAAUUACAAGAAAGGUAAACGAAACGCUGACAGUGAUAGUGAAUACAGCUACAAAAGUUUUGUAAGUGAUGGUGGUACACGUCACGUGAGACGUAGACGGAAGCGUGAUGACGGAACUUACAGUGAUGAACAUUCCUAUCAUAGCAGUCAGGACGAAGAAGGUGAGGCAAGACGCCGGCGACGGCGUAGAGACCGAGAACACGGCUCAGGAAGCGAACACAGUUACUACAGUGUUGUUAGUGCUGGAGGAACGCGGCAUGUGCGGCGCAAGAAACGCCAUGCAGAUGGAACAUAUAGUGCUAGCGAAUCAUAUAAAAGUGGACAAUCGGAUAUUGAUUUGAAGGCCGACAAUAAAAGUGGCGAAGAAGGAGAGGAAGAAGACGACUCUGAUGUUAGCAUCUUCAGUGUUGUCAGUGAGGGUGGAACGAAAACGCAUGUUCAGAAGAAGAGAAUAAGGGACGCAGAUGGUAACGUAAUUGGCUACGGAGAAGCUAAACCAGUUAAAGCCGGAUCAGAAGCAGUGCGGGGUAAAUAUUUUCUCAGUGAUCAAGCAAAUGCACUUCCGAUAUACAUGUAUAAUUAUUAA